AAAAACAAAAAAAAAAAAAAAAAAAAAAAAACGCAUUCCGGGAGAAAGAAUAGGAUCAAAGACUUUUGAUUCUCUUUCUGUGUCAUUAAUUCGUUUCUCUUUCUGUUUCUUUUCAAACAAAUUCGUUUUUUUUGCUCAAACGUAUAUUGUAUAUAUGCUUUUUUAUCUAUUUUUAAAAACUUUACAAGCCGAAUAGCUUAGUGUCUAUUUCGAUAAAAAUGUACUUAAAAUGCGCCUCUUUGCUCACAAUAUUCAUAACAUCUAUAAGUGCGUCUCCUUAUGUAAAAUAUAGUAAAGUAUCAUCUGAUGACAUUAGUCAAAAUACCACAGCUAGUUCGGCCUUGACGACGUUAUCUUCAACCGAUACAACAAACGCUUCUAUGAGCAAAAGAGUAUCACUUCCCUUUUACAAGCGAAGAGCCAACUUUACACCCUUAUCAAACGAUACUGACCAAACAACGACAAAAAAGAGCCUUCGGCCAAGAUCCGUCUAUGGCUCGACGUCUUUAUUCAACGAUAAUCAAGUGCAAUAUCUUACCAACAUACAGAUCGGCUCUCCUCCGCAGAAUUUUACAGUCAUUGUAGAUACCGGAAGCUCGUUAUUAUGGGUUCCCUCAACAGAUUGUCCAGAACUUCAAUGUCCAUUAUCAAAAUUUGACGUAUCACAUUCUUCAACCUACCAUGAUACAGAUACCUUCUUUAACGUGACGUACGGAAAUGGAUAUGCUACAGGAAACGUUGGGCUAGAGGAUAUUACAAUAGCAGACUUACAAAUAUCGAAACAAUUGUUUGGGCUCGUGAAAAAUACUGAAGACGCCAUUACCAUCGAAUAUGAUGCCGACGGUGUGAGUGCAAACGGCAUUCUUGGCCUCGCAUAUCCAGAUCAAAAAACAGCUCUCAGGAAUAAGCGUGCAGUAAGCAAAGCUAUAAUCACGACUUCUGAAGCAAAUGCUGCAGAGACAGAGCAACAGGAAGAGGAGCAGCAACAACAGCAUCAGCACAGUCCACCGGAUAAGCGACGAAGUAAUAACACUUCAAAACAAUCAGAAAGUACUAAUCCAAUCUACGACAACAAUGUGUUAAGCUCGGUCCCUUUUCAUAUGAUGUACAAUCAGCUGCUUGUCGAUCCGAUCUUCUCUAUUUCUACAAAUUCAAUAUACCAGGAGGGUUGGGCCGGUGAAAUUACGUUCGGUGGCCUAGACACUUCGCGUUUCAUAGGCAACAUCUCCUAUGUACCUGUCAUACCCGAUUUCAAUACCCAACAAUACACUUUAUGGCAGACUUUUAUGUAUUCCGUCGGCUUGACCAACUCUUUAGACGGGAGCACCGUACGGACAACCGGUGAUUUUAAAGCUAUUGCGUCCAUUGAUACAGGAACAACGUUUAGUUUUAUGCAGCGCAAUCGUAUUUUGCCUAUUUUGAAAGCACUUACAGGCCUUCGGCGCUUUGAUUUAGACGAAGUAACAGGUUGCUAUCCAAUUGAUUGCCGUUAUGGUUAUCCUUCACCAUUGCCUUCUCCCGACAACAGUAAUCUAUACAAUGGCUCCAAGUUCAACAUCAAAUUUUCUUUUGAAACAAUGGACCCAAAUAAGACACUGGAAGUCUCUAUACCCUUUAAUGAACUCGUUGAACCUGUGGACGCUACUCAUUUAGCAGAUGCAACGAAAUGUGUAUUCUCGAUAUGUCCGACAACUGCAUCCGAUAUAAUACUAGGCGAUUCUUUUAUUCGUGCCUUAUAUGCGGUAUUUGAUAUGAAAAAUAACAAAAUAGGUUUUGCACCUGCUAUUGAUACCAUGACUACUGUAGAGUUAUCGGAUUUAUAGACAUGUUAUUAUAAUCCGUAUCCUAUGAUUUUUUCCUGUAGCAUUCAUCUCCCUUAUUUAAGUCCAUUUUAUCUGGAUAUUUUUUUAUUACUGUUUCUGUAGAAUAAAAGUGCACCUUUUUGAACUGUUUUAACCAGGUCAUAGGUUCGUCGUAAGUAAUUGG